AUGAGUGGGGUCAAGGUCAGUGCAGCAUCUCCAGGUUUGAGAGACUGUUGGAGAACUCAGGGGCUUGGGGUCUCUUUGCAGGAGGAGGCCUCUGUCUUCUGGCGGCUCACUGUGAAGGUCGUGGAGGCUCGGAGUCUGCCCAGGGCUGACCUGUUGAGCGAGGCGGAUCCGUAUGUGACGCUGCUACUGCCAACAGCCCCUGGGGUGAAAUUCAAGACCAAAACUGUCACCAACUCCAGUCACCCCGUGUGGAAUGAGACCUUCAGUGUCCUCAUCCAGAGUCAGGUCAAGAACACUCUAGAACUGAGUAUCUGUGAUGAAAACUUAAUUAUGAAAGAUGGCAUCUGCUUCAAAGUUUCCUAUGAUGUCUCAGAAAUCUCCCCUGGCCAACUGCUCCAGAAAACCUUCCGCCUGAAUCCUCAGGGACCAGAAGAGUUAGAUGUGGAGUUCCUGAUGGAAAAAACGUUGGACCCUCCAGAAAACCUCAUCACCAACAAUGUUCUUGUGGUGAGAGACCAGACUCUGUCAGGACAGAGGGCUGCACUGGAGCAUGGUCAGAACCCUCUGCCCCUCUACUUGAGCCUCAAUGUCAAAGAGAACAACCUGGACACCCUCCACUUCAAGGAAUGGGUGGAGUUCUCUCCCUAUGAAGUUGGGUUCCUGAAAUAUGGAGGCUUUGUCCCUCCUGAACUCUUUGGUUCUGAGUUCUUCAUGGGGCAGCUGAUGAAGAGGCUUCCAGAGUCCCAGAUCUGCUUUCUGGAAGGUAUCUGGAGCAACAUUUUCUCUGUGAACUUGAUGGACAUCUGGUAUGAUGUCACCUCUGGGAAAGACUGGAAGAACUUCAUUGUGGAUGUCCAGAACUCAGAGGAGGCCUCAGCCUCAGCAGGCUGUGUGGAGGCCUCAUGGCUGCAGCCUGGAACAGCCCUGGCCCAGGCAUUUAAGGGCUUUCUGAAUGGCCGGCCGUUCCACCAGCGCUGUGCCAACUUCCUCCAUGGCCUCCAGCUGCACCGGGACUACCGUAACCAGAAAGACUUCUCCACCUGGGCAGAUUGCCACCUGGAUGACACCCCCAAUCAGCUGACCCCACAGGACACUCAGCUCUGCCUAGUGGAUGCUGCCUAUUUCAUCAACAACAGCUGUCCCUCCAUGGUCCGCCCGGGGCGCCAAGUGGACCUCAUACUCUCCUUCAACUACUCCCAAUUCUCGCCCUUUGAGGGGCUGCAGCAAUCUGAGAAAUACUGCAAAGCUCAGGGCCUGCCCUUCCCCCACGUGGAGCCCAGCCCCGAGGACCAACGCCAGCCCCAGGAAUGCCACCUUUUCUCAGAUCCCUCCUGCCCUGAGGCACCUGUUCUGCUGCACUUCCCGCUGGUCAAUGGCUCCUUCAGGGACCACUCAGCCCCUGGUGUCCAGCGCAGUCCUGCUGAGCUCAAGGGUGGGCAGGUGGAUCUCACAGGAGAAGCCUCCCCUUACAUGAUGUACAACAUGACCUACAAGGAGGAAGAUUUUGACCAUCUGCUUCAGCUCACUGACUACAACAUACGUAACAGCCAGGACACUAUCCUACAGGCCUUGAAGACUGUUCUCAAACGCAGGGCCCCAGAGGUGAAGCCAUCAGGGCUGCAGAUCUGAGGUUUCUCAGGGGCCUCUAAGCCUCUGAGGGCCACACUUGGACCCUCCACCUUCCAAGGACUUAACUCAGCCUGCAGCUGGGCAAAGACAGAAUGCUGGAUGAUGCUCUCAGUUCUCCAAAUCCUGGGCUUCCUCUGCAGCUAGCCUCCCUGUCCAGAGGGGCUGCACCCGACCCACCCGUCUCCCCUGUGUUUCCAGCUGCUUCGAGGGGAGUUGAAAGCCUCCCCUGGCUUUGAUCUCCUUCUUUAAGGCAGGACUUUUAAAAACCUCCCUAUUUUAUGAUCUCGCCAUGUCUCACUACACAAAUCUCAGGGUUCGAUUAUUAUUCGAUUUAUUCUUCAGUAUCCUAUUCUUUUUGAUGAUAUAAAUGGAAUUAUUUUCUCAAUGUCAUUUUCAGACUGUUCUUUGCUUAUGGAAAUUUAGUUGUAGUUUGAACUUGCACUAUGCAAACUUAAACAUACUUUUGGUGGACUCUUCAGGACAUUCAAUUAUGGACCUUGCUGCUUAGAAAUAGAGAUGGUUUUGCUUCUUGCUUUGAAUGCCUUUUACUUUAUUUUCUGACCUAGUUGCUGUUGCUAGAACCUCUGACACAGAGUUCAAUGGACGUGUCGAGAGCAGCUGUCCUUGUUUUGAGGAAGGAAAGUGUUGAGGUUUUCUACUGUUCUGCUCAGUCUUCUUAAGUGGUUUGGGCUUGUCAGACACAUGUCCUGUUCUAUUCCUAGUUUGUUGAGUGUUUUUGAUUUUAACAAUAAGGAGGUGUUGGAUUUUGUCAUGUAAUUUUUUUUAUCUCUUGGGAUGCUCG